AUGAUAAAAUUUGAUUUAUGCUAUUCAUUUUUUCAACGAAAAUACGUAAUUGUUAAUUCAAGUACUCGUCAUACAUUUGAAAAAAAUGGUGGUUUGGGAAAAAAAUAUACAACUGCUUUAAUUGUUAUAAAUGCAGCUGGUCAAGUUCUUCCAUCUUUCAUCAUUUAUUCCGGUAAAAGUUUAAUCGACAAUUGAACGACGUUUGAUGAAGCUACAACUGAUAUUCAACAAAUAGUUCCUGAAAUGCAACAUAUUAAGCCAUUACAACCUGUCCCAGUUGACGAUGAUAUUUCAUUACCAACCAAUUCUAGUUAUACUACGUUACAACCAGUUGAAUUCGUCACACAAAUUAAUUAUAGUGAAUCAUUUCCUGUAGCUAGUCCAACACAACAAAUGAUUCAGAUAUUGUUAUCAAUAUCUUCGAAUGGUAAAAAAAUUAUUUAUUUAUCUAAGAAAGAUUGA